CGAGGUGGAUAUGCUUUUCAGUUCCUUCUUUGGAGCACGCUCAAGAUGACUUGGCAUAUGAAGAAGCGCUUGGUAGGAAGUUCGAACGGUAGAGUUUCGGGAGGCUCACCCAACUAUCACACCAAAAUGUGGCGCAUGUCUGUUCCAGGUUCCUCCGUCGAACGAUAGGAAGUGCUGAGGUCCGAGAGUCGCAACGGGACACGUCAGCGUGGUGUAUUCGUUGAGGACAUGAUCGGAAUGACAUCGCUCAGUAGACUUCCGGUUUACUCGACACUUGCCGGCUAUGGUGAAUGUGAUCUUAAGGCAAAAUGAGAAAUUGUGCACGGUAGAACCCAGUCCCAGCGGACCGUACCCUAGUUUUGCGGGUUUCCACCCCUACGGGUGGCCCAAGGACAUAACGGGAACUGAAUGCAUGCAACAUUGUCUAUUUCUGAGUGGCCACUCAUCGUCCCACAAGAUUUCCUUGAUUCGGCGCCGUUUCUGCAGAAUUCAACGUCCUCGCUCCCGAGGAACGUUGCUACAACAACGAAAGCAACAAUACUGGGGUUCUCAUGGCCUGCCAGCUUGGCCAGAAUCGAAGAUGCAUGUCGUCGUCGUCGUCGCAGAACCGAAGAUGAUAGUGGAACGAGUCGUGAAUCCCCCCAGCGGGACCGGGAGACCGCCCUUGACCACUAUGCGCACUAUGUUUACCCGGGUGUACAUGAGUGCAAAGUUCGACCGGAUGUUCACCAUGAUCUGUGUUAGUUGUUCCAGAAGGGUGGUCGGUGGCUCUCAAGCGAGAGUUCCCUUCUUCGACGUGAGGUGGUGCCUACGAUCCGGUCCAAAGUAGGUGUCCGGAUUUCGGCAGGAAUGUACAUUCAUAGGAAAUGGAAAGCUAGCUACCAUUCUGUGAGGUUUGAUUCGUUUGACAGGGGUUCGAGGAAGCGUAGUGAAGUGCGCCGGACAGUUACAUUCGCAG